AUGGUGAAACAGACUCUCGGCUCCACUCAUGACUCAAAUCUACCUGAUAUCACAUCACUGAACUUACUGGAUCAAGAAACAGAUCCUAAAAAUAAAGCACACUCUUCAUCCGCUUUCAAGGGCCCUAUGAGACAAUUAUGUACUCAGUCCCUCAAAAAGGGGGCAACUACAGUGCCCACAGAAAGAAUCAGGGUGGAGCGAGAGAAGACCCCUCUUGGAUUCCCAGACUCUGUGUACUCUCAUGCUGCGGUUAUUUUUCAGAACACCCAUGUGGAAAAAGACCUUGCACACCAACUCAUUCGCUACGGCCCCAGCGACGUUGUUGACUCUGGGAUUGUUGUCGGUGACCAUCACAGAACCAAGCAGAAUGAGCACUGGGCAUACGAGUUGUCGUUUAACACCCUCAAAUAUCAAGAUCUACUGGAAGAAAUCUUGAUUGACAGCUGCUUUUACCCCUCUCAGAAAAUGCCAGAUGGCCUCAUGGCUCUUGUGGUAGUCAUACUCUAUGACCUCCUGGACAGGAAGUUCCAGCCCAGAGAUUCAAUAAAAAGAGCAGGGGAGGGACUUAUGAAGGAAGUAAGACAUGUGGAAGACAUUCUUUAUAGGUUCAGGACAAAACUGGAAGCAUCACUGGCUCACUUUAGAAUAAAGAAGAACUUUCUGACCAUUGAUAGCUUCCUGCCACAGCUUGUGAGAAUAAAACAACACAGAACACAAACAGUACCGCUCUAUGCAUGGGUCAACACACUCAAUGCAAGCAUUGAAAAUGUGCGUGAGAUUCUGAGGACUGCAGGCUUCGCUCAAGUGGACUCAAAUACACACCUGGCUGGACAAGUGUUCUGUAAAGACGCACACUGUUCUAAUGUACUGCUGUUUCCCAGAAGGGUUCUAAAACGACUGGAGAAAACCAAACUACUGACAGAACACACACUCAUAAUACAGGAUAAAUCCCGUAGUCUGGUUGCGGGAGCGGUGCGCCCACUGUUAGUAGAGAACUGUGAUGUUCUGAUGGUGGGGUCCUUCUCUGCUCUGACUGUGGCUCAUGUGGCUGUCCAGACUGCUGCCUGUUCAGGCUGUGUACAUGUAUGUGGGGUCCUUAAUGCCCCCAACUUCAAGGAGGAACUACAAACUACACUCUCCUCUAUUGGCUGCAAAAAUGUGAAGCUGUUGUCUGAUGACUUUACUGAGCUUCAUGAAUUGGAUUUGCGUAUUCAGAAGGUGCGGGUGAUUUUAGUGCUUCCACAAUGUUCUGCGUCAUCACUCUGCAACCCUGUUGAGUUCAUCCUCAAUGAGAGUGGAGACAAAGAGCUACUGCAUGGUUUGUCAAAAGGUACCAUCUCUGAUAAUAAACUGGAGGCACUGGUUGCUAAACAGGAACAAGACCUCAACCAUGCACUAACCUUUCCUAAGGUGAAAGCAGUGGUGUACUGCACAUGCUCCGUAUAUCCAGAGGAGAACGAAAGUCUGGUGAAGAGAACACUUGAGAAUGCAGAUAACAAGUCAAAAGCAUUACACUUCAGGCUGGUCAGUGCAGAAUGGGGCGAUGAGGAAGAAAGGUUUUUCAAAAUAGAGGCAUCUGACUUCACAAAUGGAUGCUUCCUCUGUGUGAUGAAAAGAGAGGAUCCAGCAGAGGUUGAAACAGUGCAGGAUGUUUUGGCACGAGCUGCUGCUAAAGGUUUGUUAGGGGAUCUGCUGCCCCCUGACCUCCUGAAUGAAGAGAAACAAAAAGACAAAAAGAGAAAAAAACAAAAGGUAGUCCCACCAGCUCUUCCGCCAUCCUCCCUGAUUGAGCAUAGCGCAUCACUGAUGACCAGUAUGAGUCCUCCAGAUGACAGCGCGCUUGCCGCUACUAUAAAUCUGAAUAACUGUUCUACAAUCCUACAACAGAAGUCUGCUUUUAAAAGUCAAAGGCUUUUGGUUAUGGAUCGUAAAACCAGCAUUACAUACAAUUCUAAUGCCCAAAACCAAGCAUCCGACAUUAAAAAUCUGUCUUCUACUAUCCAAAAGAAGCAAUCAAAAGGAAAUAGGCAUCGAAGGAAGGUUGCUGGGCAGUCAAGGAGAAUAAAAGCUUCUAAAUCCCAUUCUCAAAAAGAGCGACAGAGGUCUCGACCUCCUCACAAGAGACUGCCACACCUUCGACCAUCUCAACACGCUACUGUUUACUUCAUUAGGCCAACUCCUCCUCAGACCAAACCAGUUGCCCUCAAAGCCCCAGUGACACAUUAUGAAUCCAGAGAUUUACAGAGCAGAGGCAGGUCUCAACAGGAAGUGAUCACCCCAAAACAGGAAGAUGUCAAAUCAGAGAUCUGCAGGUCAGAAAUGAAGGGAAUUCAGUCAAGAGAUUUUACUCUCCCUCCUAUCCAUCAGCUCAGUCCUUCACAACACUCUUCAUCCCUCCAUCGGCUGUACUCCUCUUAA